CCCCGGCCUGAAGGAAACCCCGCAACGUGGGCAGCCCCUGUUUGCUGCAAAGCACAUUGCUGAGUGGAGACUCCGCGAGCCGCCAGCGGCCCCGCCAGGCCUCCCCGCGCGGGGCGCCACCGGGGCAGGAAAUACUUGAUGGUGAUGUAACCAGGUAUGAUACUGACCCUUUUAAUGGCCAUGAGCAGGGUCCCUAAGCCUGCCAUCAUCUCUGGAUGGAACGAGAGGAAGAGCUGUGUGCUCCAGUUCUCCAGGACUCUGAGGAAAGGGAGAUCCUCUUUGGGGCCUCCACAGGAGACAGUGAGAGUGUGAAUGAGCAUGAGGAGAAGAACUCCCAGGAAGAUGGUCCUGAGAAUGUGGAACAGUGUGGGACGAUAUCAGAGGGGUUUGAAGAGAAUGUCUUCCAGAGCCCUGAGGAGGAGGAGGCCUAUGAGGGCCAGUACAUGUCAGAAACGCAGAAGGGAGACCUUCCUGGUAAGAUACUGGGUAACUCCGUUCAUCCAGAAAGAGAUUUGGAGGCUCUCCAAGGUAUCAUCAUCCACCAGAGAAUUCCUAUAGGGGAGAGACCCUAUGUAUAUACUGAAUGUGGGGAGGGCUUCAGUCAGAGCUUGAACCUUACACAGCAUGAGAUAACACAGACGGGAGAGAAACCUCAUAAGUGUACUGAAUGUAACAAAAGUUUCAGUUGGCGCUCAGACCUAAUUAAACACCAGAGAACCCACACAGGCGAGAAACCCUACAUAUGUAGUGAAUGUGGGGAAAACUUUAGUGUGAGCUCUCACCUUUUCACUCACAAGAGAACCCACACAGGAGAGAGACCCUUCCACUGUAACGAAUGUGGGAAAAGCUUCAGCCGGAACUCUCACCUUAUUAACCACCAAAGAAUCCACACCGGAGAGAAGCCCUUUGAAUGUGCUCAGUGUGGGAAGAGCUUCAGUGAUUUCUCAACACUUACCCAGCACCAGAGAACCCACACGGGUGAAAAACCCUACGUAUGUGUUGAAUGCGGGAAAAGCUUCAUCCAGAGCUCACACCUCGUCAGGCACCGGAGAAUCCACACAGGAGAGAAACCCUAUAAAUGUGCUGAGUGUGGGAAAAGCUUUCGAUACAAGAGUCACCUUUCCCAACACCAUAAACUCCACAUGGAGUAGAAAGCACAGCCAUGAGAGCCCCUGUCCUGCUCACAGAAACUGAUGCAUAAAUUAUUAUAUGGUGUGAUGACAUCGAGAAGGAACUACAAAGGGAGGGGGCACAUUCUUAAUGCAAGUAGAUUGUUCUAGGAUGGAUGGGGGGCGCUGAGUGUUGGGAAUGAGUUUGAUGUUGAUAGGAAUCAAUCAUUUGCGGAUUGGGGGGAACAAGAUGAGAGAGGCAGCUGGGGGAGUUGAUCAUUUGGGAUUCAGAGGGCUGGGAGGUGGGAGGAAUUAGGGUGCUGAGGGAAUUUGGUGCUAAGGAACAUUGUUUGGAGUACAGCAAAAUAGAGGGACAAGAGGGGAAAUAUAUAUUUCAUUGUCUUAUUAAGAAGUCAAAAAUGAUAAAUUGGACACCAAGACAGAUACCUGGCUCAUAAGAUGUUAGAGCCAAUGUCCUGGGAAAUGCCUCACUUACUGAACUGAGGAAGACAAAGUGCCCUUUGUUCUCUCUGGCAUUGUCUCCAGCAAUGGUUUCCUCAUUUUAGAUUAUAUUUAUUUGUAGCUGCUAUUUUAGGAGCUCAGUUAAAUCUGGGCAAAAAUGUCCCAGUUUUCUGGUACAUGUUAUAAUAUCUAGUUUUCUGUUGCGUUGUGUCUCCCCCUCCUGAAAUAAAACUUUUUUUUUAAAAAACAAC